AUGGCGACCUCUCGUUCAGCCUCUAUCACCUACGUUCCGGCAGAUUGUGGCUCUAUCAUCCCUGGCAAAUCCAAAGCUCCCCAAGCUUUUCAAGACGUGGGAAUUGCUUCCAAACUUCGAAAUACGGGACUCCAGUCUGUGUCGGAGCAUCAUGCAUUGGAAUCGCCUGCAAGAUACUCCAUCACAAGCCUUUCCCCUGGAGGCGUGCGUAAUGAGCAACUCAAUAUCUCAGUCUGCCAGCAAGUCUACCACACCAUCUCACAGAAUCUCAUCCUUCCUACCAACAAGGCCCCCUUUCAGCUCAUUCUUGGUGGCGAGUGUGGCAUGCUACCGGCUAUUCUUUCUGCCUUCUGGGGGCAUGCAUCCUCGCAGUCUCCUCCCAAGCGGGUCGGCCUCAUCUAUAUCGACGCCGAUACUGACAUGACGAGUCCAAUCGAUUCAUGUUCUACCGGCGUCUUUGCAGGAAUGAACAUGACCCACCUCAUACAAAAUCCGGGGGCGCUGCAAAGCAUGAAGCAAUUCUCCCAACCCUCUGGAGAGGCAGUUUGCAACGCCUCCAAUAUGGUUCUCUUCGGCACCAACAUGUCCUUUUCAGGAAACAAGCCGGAGCACUUUGCGUACCUCUUUGACAACAAUUACAAAGUUGUUAGCUCAGCCUCGGUGUCCCGCGAGCCAGAGCAACGGGCCAAAGAGGCACUAGAAUACCUCAACGACAACGUUGAUAUCAUCAUGGUGCAUUUGGAUGUGGAUGCCAUCGAUCCGCAGAUGUUCCCAUUGGCCAACCUCCCAAAUUUCACCGGCGUCAAGUUUGAAGAAAUGAUGCGCGCAUUGAAGGUAUUUUUGGCCAGCGAAAAAGUUGGUGGAUUGACGAUUGCGGAAGUCAAUCCGGAUCAUGAUCCGGGGCUAAAGAUGGUAGAAAGACUCACCGAAGAGGUGGUUGGCAUGUUGGCAGCGAGAAAUGCAUAA